AUGUCUGGUCAAAAUUACAAUCAAGAUAAUCUUUCAAAUGAUUUUUCAAAUCAAUCAUUAAAUGACAAUAACACAGGUGGUUAUAAUCAAAGACGUCAGUUCAAUCCAAAUGCUGCUUCUUCUUUCCAACCAAACUAUAACUCCCAACCUUUUGUCCCAGGUCAAGCUUCUUAUGGUCAAUAUAAUCAAGGUGGUUAUCAACAAGGUUAUAAUCAAUAUCAACAAGGUGGUUAUAAUAAUCAAUAUCAAGGUGGUUACAACAAUCAAUAUCAAAACCAAGGUUAUAACAACUAUAACCGUGGUGGAUACAACAACUAUAACCAACAAUAUAACCAACAAUCCCAACCUCAACAACCUCAACAACAACGUGGUAUGUCUUUAGAAGAUUACCAAAAACAAAAUUCCGCAGCUGCUUCAUCUUUGAACAAACCUAAAACUACUGUUAAAAGAACUUUGAAACUAGCUUCAAGCUCAGGUAUCAAAUUAGCUAAUGCUACUAAAGCUCCUGCUAAGGCUGAAGACAAGAAAGAAUCUUCACCAGCUCCAACUGAAGCUCCAAAAGAGGAACAAAAGAAAGAGGCAACUCCAAACAAGGAAGAACAAACCCCAGAGACUCCAGCUCCAAAAGAGGAACCAAAACAAGAAUCAUCAACUCCAGCCGUUGAACCGAAAGAUGAAACCGCAAAACAACCUGUUGAAUCAGUCAAAUCAGAAGUUGCUAAACCAACAUUACCUGCAAAAGCUGCAAACACUACAGCAGAUGCAGUUACAAAAGAACAAGAGGAAGAAAUUGACGAAGAAGUUGUUAAUGAUAUGUAUGGUGGUAAAGAUCAUGUUUCCAUCAUCUUUAUGGGUCAUGUUGAUGCAGGUAAAUCCACCAUGGGUGGUAAUUUGUUAUUUUUAACAGGUACUGUUGAUAAACGUACUGUGGAAAAAUAUGAAAGAGAGGCAAAAGAUGCAGGUAGACAAGGUUGGUACCUUUCAUGGAUUAUGGAUACUAAUAAAGAGGAGAGAAAUGAUGGUAAAACUAUUGAAGUUGGUAGAUCUUAUUUUGAAACUGACAAGAGAAGAUAUACUAUAUUGGAUGCUCCUGGUCAUAAAAUGUAUGUUUCUGAAAUGAUUGGUGGUGCUUCUCAAGCUGAUGUUGGUAUUUUAGUCAUUUCUGCCAGAAAGGGUGAAUAUGAAACUGGUUUUGAAAAAGGUGGUCAAACAAGAGAACAUGCUUUAUUAGCAAAGACUCAAGGUGUUAAUAAAUUGAUUGUUGUUGUAAACAAGAUGGAUGAUCCAACUGUUGGCUGGUCAAAGGAAAGAUAUGAUGAAUGUACCACAAAAUUGGCCAUGUAUUUGAAAGGUAUUGGCUAUAAUGUUAAACAAGAUGUUCAAUUCAUGCCUGUUUCAGGUUAUACUGGUGAUGGGUUAAAAGAUCGUGUUGAUCCAAAAGCUUGUCCAUGGUAUGAUGGUCCUUCAUUAUUAGAAUAUUUGGAUAAUAUGCAACAUUUAAACAGAUAUAUUAAUGCUCCAUUCAUGUUGCCAAUUUCUGGUAAAAUGAAAGAUUUAGGUACUAUUGUGGAGGGUAAAAUUGAAUCAGGUCAUGUUAAGAAAAAUCAACAAUUAAUCUUGAUGCCUAAUAAGACAAAUGUUGAAGUUUUAACCAUAUAUAAUGAAACUGAAAAUGAAGUUAAUGCAGCAUAUUGUGGUGAACAAGUUCGUUUAAAAUUAAAAGGUGUUGAAGAAGAAGAUAUUUCUAAUGGGUUUGUCUUGUCAUCUCCAAAAUUCCCAGUCAAGACAGUUUCAAGAUUUGAAGCACAAAUUGCCAUUGUGGAAUUAAAAUCAAUUUUAUCAACUGGGUUUUCAUGUGUUAUGCAUGUUCAUACUGCUAUUGAAGAAGUUACUUUCAAACAAUUGUUGCAUAAAUUAGAAAAAGGUACAAAUAGAAAAUCUAAGAAACCUCCAGCAUUUGCUAAAAAAGGUAUGAAAAUUAUUGCUAUUUUAGAAACUGAAGCUCCAGUUUGUGUUGAAACUUAUCAAGAUUAUCAACAAUUGGGUAGAUUUACUCUUAGAGAUCAAGGUCAAACUAUUGCUAUUGGUAAAAUUACCAAAUUAUUGGAAUAA